UCACGGGACGGCGUACAUUAUAAUACUCUAUGCUGCAUAUGACGGUAGCUAUUUAUUAUGCACUCUCUUUGGUUACAAUCACGUUUCCAUGGCAACGAUCUGGUGCUCUUCCAAACAAUACACGAUUGCCAAAAGUGGUUUCAUGUAUUGAGAAGUAUAUUAUGAGCGUUCUAUAUGCAAUUCUAAACAAAAUGUGUGAAACUUUUAUUCAGUUUCAUUGCAUUUUAAUAUUCUUUUGCUAAUGGAUACUUUCUCUGUGAGCUAAUUGAUUAUUAUAACCAGGGAACUGUCAGUGUGUCACUAGUUAUUUUGAAGAAAACAGUAAAAAGGUGAUUUAUGCUAGAAAAUGGGGGAAAUAGAUCUCAAUAAAUUAAGAAGUUUCUCGCCAGAUAAUUUAAGUGAUGAUGAUAUCAACUAUUUAUUUAAAAUAUUUAUUGAAUAUGAUGCAAGAUAUGACAUAAGAGCCAGUGAUUUGAAAUUACUAUUCAAUCUUGCAUUAGAAGUUUUGAAGUUUAAAGGUGAAGAGGCCACGUUUUAUGAAAUAGAAAAUAGGAAAUUGUCUGCUGCUCUGACAACAAAGGACUUUCAACAUGAAAAUAACUUGACACAUAGAGAUGGUACCUGUAAUAUUUUCUCUGCUUAAUAUUAUCAUUCAUGACAUUUGUUUUUAAUAUUCAAAUAGUCACAAUAAUUUGCCUGUUGAAAUAGAUCCCAACCUCGAAGAUUUAAGGCAACAACUUCUUCAUUGUGAAGUGCAAGUAGAUCAACUUACAUCACAGCUGAAAUCAUCUGAAAAAGAAUUGGUAAUUGAAAGGAGAGAAACAGAGAAGUUAAUGAGCAAGAUUGCUAUACUAGAAAGAGAAAACUUGGAAUUGAAGAGAGAAAUCACUUCUGUUCGUGAAGAAGCAAGUGAACACAGCGCAUUAUCAGAAGCUGCUCAUGAAUCUGAAGUGACUUUAGAGAAACAUCAAGAAUUAAUUACUUCUUUGGGGCAGAAAAAUAAACAUAUAACUCAGCUCUUAUCUGAUAUUGAGGUGGUUGAGAAAGAGAAUUUAAUUUUGCGGGAGAAACUUGCAACAGUUCAAAGUGAACUCUCAGUAGCCACAAAUCAUCUUAUAGAACUUUCUGGUGAAUUGACAAGUGUGAAGUGUUCUUGCCAAGAAAAGGAAGAGAAACUAGUAAAUCUCGAGCAACAGAAUUUAGGACUGAAGAAUCAAGUUCAAGAAAUGGUUGCACAGAAAAUGCUUAGAGACUCGCAACUUGAUGAGUUCACAGAGUCUAUUGAUAAUCGUAUCAAAGAAUGGAAGGGAAUACUUGAAAAGAAAGAUGCUGAGAUUGAAGAACUACAGAUUCGGUUGACAGAGAUUUCAAGUAAAACUGCAAACUCAUACAAUGUUGUAGAACCCAACCAGAUAAUUGUACUUUCGGAGACUCUCCGGAAAAGAGAGGAUCAAAUUGAAACUUUGCAAAAGCAGUUGACUCAAGCCACUAAAGAAAUCAAUGACAGUGCUGCUCUUAUAGAGAAACUGAAACAAAGCAAGCCGAACUGCAAUGUCAACAUGAAUGUUGAAAGAGGCAGCAAAGAUGAAGUGGACCUGAGUAGCUUGACAAAACUUAAGGCUCAAUUGCAACUAGCAGAAGAUAAGAUCCAGCUGUUAGAUGGAAGGCUAAAAGAUGCAGAAGAAGAUGCAAAAGUGAAAGCAGAA